AUUCGUGACUUCGUAUUUUAAUCACAUCAGCACCAACGUAACCGUGUCCGUAACUUCCUAUCUAAUGUUUAUGUAAUUUAAUUUUGAAUUAAAAUUUAAUUAAAAAUGGGUAAAAUUAAAAAAAAAUUCGAAAGAGCGAGUCGCCAAGAAGCUCUAGACCAGCAAAUAAUCGGAUCGCGUUAUGCCAAGCCAUCUACCAGAAUAAAACAACGAAGUCGCCGAGAUGAAGACGAGGAGUUUGUUGAUAGUAAGCUAACCCAUAAGAUUUUGGAACAAGCUAGAAAACAACAAGAAGAUUUAGAGGAAGAAGUAGGUUUAAGCCUGCCACAUUCAUCUGCUGCAAUAUCUGCAUUGCUCAGCGGCUGUGAUUCAUUAGAAGAGACACAGAAAAAUGGUUUUGCAGUUAGUUCGAGUGCUGACGGAUUUAAAGAAGUUGAAAAAAUUGAAAUCAGUCAGGAAGAUGAGAAAGCACUUGAAAUGUUCAUGCCACAUGAUCCAUCUAAAAGAGCUGCACUUGCUGACAUAAUGAAAGAGAAACUGACUGAGAAACAAACUGAAAUGAGCACCAUUUUCCCAGAUUCAUCAAAUUUGUUUAGAGAAGCAAAUCCAGAAAUGAUAACUGUGUUCAGAGAUUGUGCUAAGUUACUAUCGUUAUAUCGUGCUGGGCCUUUGCCAAAGCCAAUCAAAGCCCUACCGCAGUUUGCAAACUGGGAGCAGCUUCUUAAUCUCACGGAGCCAGAUAAGUGGACUGCUGCAGCUAUGAUGGAAUUAACAAGGAUAUUUUCUUCAAAUUUGUCUGCAAAAAUGGCUCAAAGGUUUUACAACAAACUUCUACUUCCUCGGUUGCGUGAUGAUAUUUCUGAAUACAAAAAACUCAAUGAUCAUUUGUAUAAGGCACUGAUACAGGCACUCUUCAAGCCUUCUGCAUUCUACAAAGGAAUAAUAAUACCUCUAUGUGAAUUUAAAGAUCCAGAUAUCCCUUGUUCUCAGUACGAAGCUAAAAUUAUUGGAAGUGUGAUAGCAAAGCACUCCAUUCCUAUUCUUGAUUCUGGUGCCGCCAUACUGGUUCUUUCGCAGAUGGAUUACACUGGAGCAGCUUGUUACUUUUUGAAAAUUCUUGUGGAAAAAAAAUAUGCCUUACCAUUCAAAGUAAUCGGAGCUGUUGUCCAGUACUUCAUGAAGUUUGAAAAGGAUGAAAGAACAUUUCCAAAACAGUGGCAUGAGUGCUUACUUUCAUUUGUCAAGAUUUACAAGAAUGAUCUAUCAUCUGACCAGCAAACAGAUCUUCUGCGACUCAUUGGAAUCCAUUCCCACGAUUGGUUCACUGCUGAGAUUCAUAAGGAAUUAUUAACUAGAAAAAAUCAAACAUCAGAGCAGUCUGUUAUUAUGAGCGAAUGAAUGUAAAUAAUGUAUACUUUAAUAUUAUACUGUACAUAAAUAAAAUACAUAUAAAUGAA